AUGACAGAAGACUGGGGGUCAAAUAGCCAGGAGAUUGCUAGAGCUCAUGACAUCAGGGGCUUGAGUGCUUUUUUGGCAUUCAAGAAGAAUAUGUCUGUGGAGAGAAUUCUGAAGCUGGUUGUUCAAGCAACAAUGGUCAGAGAUCGACAGCAUGGUCCCAUUGUUGAGUUGAACCGUAUCAGUGUGAAGAGAUCUCGUUCACGUGGUGGUUUGGCUGGCCCAGAUGGAAUGAAGUCUGUGUUUGGUCAAAUGGUUGCCAAAAUGUCACUUAUGACCCCAGAUGCAUUAUUCCUACCACAUCGUGUGUGGAAAGUGAAAUUUGUUGGUGAAAGUGUAGAUGACUGUGGUGGAGGUUACAGUGAGAGUGUAGCAGAGAUGUGUGAUGAGCUAAUGAAUGGCUCUUUACCCCUUCUAAUACCUACACCCAAUGGUCGAGAUGAGGCAGGAACUUCCCGUGAUUGUGUGUUGAUGGGAAUAGCAAUCAGAACAGGUAGUCCAUUAAGUCUUAAUUUGGCUGAACCAGUUUGGAAGCAGCUGGCAGGAAUGGCAUUGACCCCUGCUGAUAUAACUGAGGUAUGUGGAGCUGUGGGCAUUUUGAUGAACUGA